AUGCUACAUUUCGACCAACAAUCGCAACUGCAGUCGCAGUUGCAAGACAAACAGCAACAGUUGCUGCCACAGGCCUAUUUGACUAAUUUUCACAAUAGAAUAAGAAGUGAAAAUGUCCCCAUCUUUGUCACUGCGCAACCUUCCAGAGGUCACAAGAGAGCUAGGGUUGUGAAUUAUGCAGAGGUUGAUAACGACAUUUUUGACGAGUUCAGUGCAUAUAAUAAGAGUAGUAAUGGUAACGAUAGAAAUGCUACCAGGGGUGAAGAUAGGAUUGCUGAUGAAGAUGAAGACAUGGGGAGUGACAAGGAGGCAGAUAGUGAAGAGGAUCAUGUUACAGAUACCAAUGGAGGUGCUGGUAACGUCGAUGGAGAUGGUGUUAAUAAUGAUAUACACAGAAGUUUAUCACGUUCCAAUGCUAAUUCAACUUCAAAUUUAAGUAUGCACGAUUCUUUACGUGCAAAUAGUAGCACUGUGAGCUUGUCCAUUAAUAAUGUAAAGUCUCAAGAAGGAUUAGACUCGAAUGUGAAUAAUAAUGAUAAUGCCGAUUUAAAUACUUUGGAUCUAAAAAAUGAUGAUGAUGAAGAAUUUGAAAAAUUUAAAUUUGACGAAGAUGGUAAUCUAUACGAUAAUGUAAAUGGAGUGGAUGGUAAUGGUGAUAACGGCAAUAGCAGCAAUGGUGAUAAUGAUACUGUUUCGAAUAAUAUAAUAAAAACAAGAUUAAGGAGAAAAGAAAGCAAUGAUACACGUACUAUAAAAGAAAAUUCAUUGCCAGAUAUAGAAUGUCAAGAAGACUUGAUGAGUGUUUUAAGAUAUCCAAAGAUAAAAGCAACUUUCUCUCAAAGUAAAAUUGCCACUCCAUAUAGAUUAGAUAUCCCAUCGCCAUUGUCUAUUGACCAACAAGAACCAAUACUAAUACCAGUUAAUUUGAACAUUGAACACAAUGGACAUACGAUCAUAGAUCAUUUCAUUUGGAAUGUAAACGAUCAUUCAAUAACUCCGGAAGAAUUCUCAACAAUUUACUGUAGAGACAUAGAUUUUGCAAAUUCAAAUGCACUGCAAUCACAGAUUGUAUCGACAAUUAACGAACAAAUACAGGAAAACAUCACAGUUGCAUCAGUUGUUGUACCAGAUCUACAUGUCAUCAUUAACUUAACUUGUAAUCUAGGAGAAAAGUUUUAUGAAGAUAACUUCCAAUGGAAUUUAAACGAUAAGAGCUUAUCGCCAGAAAAAUUUGCAGAAAUUGUAGUUCAAGAUUUAGGUUUAACAAGAGAUUAUAUUUCUAUAAUAUCGUUUUCCUUACACGAAAAUAUUUUAAAAAUAAAGAAAGAAUGGUUGGAUGGCCAACUGAAUGUCGACCACGUACCAAACGGUUCUGCAUUUGGCUACUUAUCAGGUAUAAGAUUAGAUUUAGAUCAUUUAGGUGCUGACUGGUGUCCAAAGGUUGAAACUUUGACCCCAGAAGAAAUCCAAAGACGUGAGAUUGAAAAGGAAAGAAACUUAAGAAGAUUAAAGAGAGAAUCCGAUAGAUUAGGUAGAAGAGGUAGAAGAAGAGUAGAUGAGCUAGAAACAACGUUAAAAAUUUAG